CACUGCAGGGCAGUCUGGAGAGAUGGGCUCAGAUUCCAGGCUGUCCUAGCCCCGCCUCGCCCCCAGGCCCGGGAGUGUGGAGUGCGCUGGCCCCGUGCCUCCCUCCUAGCUUCUGGGGUAGCUGAGGACCACCCUGUAGGCUUGCAGGAUGGAGCAUGCCAGUGAGAAGAAGCAGGCCUCAGUGUGCAACCUGGUGGCUGUGUUUGAGAACAGGUACAGGACCGUGGGAACAAUACCUGGACCCCAUAGCCUUGAUGACCAGCCCCGUAGCCCUGAACACCAGCCGCCCCUGUCCCCGGGGCCUUGGGAGGCACCUCCUGGUGAGGAGGUCUUGAAGUCUGAGCUCCGGACAGUCAGCAGGACAUAUCUGAGCUCCCUCAAAAAUAAGCUGUCAAGUGGGGCUUGGAGGAAAUCCUGCCAGCCUGGGGCCAGCCCAGGACCAGAGACACAGGAACCCGAGGAGAAGAGGGUCGUGCGGGAGCUUCUGGAGACCGAGCAGGCCUACGUGGCUCGCCUGCAUCUGCUUGACCAGGUGUUCUUCCAGGAGCUGCUGAAGGAGGCAGGCCGCAGCAAGGCCUUCCCUGAGGAUGUGGUGAGGCUCAUCUUCUCCAAUAUCUCCUCCAUCUAUCGCUUCCAUUCACAGUUCUUCCUUCCGGAGCUGCAGCGGCGUGUGGAUGACUGGACAGUCACACCCCGCAUUGGGGAUGUGAUCCAGAAACUGGCCCCGUUCCUGAAGAUGUACAGCGAGUAUGUGAAGAAUUUCGAGCGGGCCGCGGAGCUACUGGCCACCUGGAUGGACAAGUCUCAGCCCUUCCAGGAGGUGGUCACCCGCAUCCAGCUCAGCGAGGCCUCCGGCAGCCUGACCCUGCAGCACCACAUGCUGGAGCCGGUGCAAAGAAUCCCGCGGUACGAACUGCUGCUCAAGGAAUAUGUGCAGAAGCUGCCAGCCCAGGCCCCAGACCGUGCGGACGCCCAGAAAGCACUGGACAUGAUCUUCUCAGCUGCACAGCACUCCAAUGCAGCCAUUGCAGAGAUGGAACGGCUGCAGGGCCUGUGGGAGGUGUACCAGCGCCUGGGCCUGGAGGAUGACAUCGUGGACCCCUCCAACACCCUGCUCCGAGAGGGCCCUGUCCUCAAGAUCUCUUUCCGCCGCAGCGACCCGAUGGAACGCUACCUGUUUUUGUUCAACAACAUGCUGCUUUAUUGUAUACCCCGCGUCCUCCAAGUGGGUGCCCAGUUCCAGGUGCGGACCCGCAUCGAUGUGGCUGGCAUGAAGGUGCGGGAGCUGACUGACGCCGAGUUCCCACACUCCUUCCUGGUGUCCGGAAAGCAGCGCACGCUGGAGCUGCAGGCCCGGUCCAGAGAGGAAAUGAUUUCCUGGGUGCAGGCCUGCCAGGCAGCUAUUGACCAAGUCGAGAAGCGGAGUGAGACCUUCAAGGCUGCUGUCCAGGGACCUCAGGGGGACACAGAGGAGCCCAAGCCACAGGCAGAGGAACUGGGCCUCCGAGCGCCUCAGUGGGUCCGAGACAAGAUGGUGACCAUGUGUAUGCGCUGCCAGGAGCCCUUCAAUGCCCUGACGCGUCGGCGCCACCACUGCCGGGCUUGUGGUUAUGUGGUCUGUGCUAAGUGCUCUGACUACCGUGCAGAGCUGAAAUACGACGGCAACAGGCCCAACCGAGUCUGCCUGGCCUGCUACACGUUUCUCACCGGGCACGUGCUCCCUGACAGCAAGGAGGAUAAGAGGAGAGGCAUCUUGGAGAAAGAAUCCUUGGCAGGGCCCGACCAGAGUCUAAUGUGCAGCUUCCUGCAGCUCAUGGGAGACAAGUGGGGCAGGAGCGGCCCCCGGGGCUGGUGUGUGAUCCCCCGAGAUGACCCCCUUGUGCUGUAUGUCUACGCAGCCCCCCAGGACAUGAAGGCUCACACCUCCAUCCCCCUGCUGGGCUACCAGGUGACUGCAGGACCCCAGGGGGACCCUCGGGUUUUCCAGCUGCAACAGUCAGGCCAGCUGUUCACCUUCAAGGCGGAGUCUGAGGAGCUGCAGGGCCGCUGGGUGAGGGCGAUCAAGCGUGCAGCCAGUGGCUGGACCCCUGAGGGGCCUGACGAAGAGGACAUGUCUGACUGACUGAACCACAGCUGGCUGUUCUUCAGGAACCUCGUCCAGGACAGCCUUUCCGGGCUGACCCCGCCGCUGCUCUGUGACUCC